GUCGAAUGUGGGCAACUAAAAGAUAAAACACUUCGGUAAAUGAGUCAUAACAGCUCAGUGAACCAACUUGGAUAACAAAAUAAAUGGUAGAUUAGGUGAUUGUGUAUAAUGGCAGUGGUAUUGGAAAAUACUACUAAUUGUUUGUGGCUGGCUUUUGAGGCGUUGCAGCAAGAUCGCUCUGGAUUGGUACACAAAUCCAAGUUAAAGGUGCUGACGGCCAAUAUUGGAACACUAUUAGAUCUUUACGGGGUAGAAAGAGGCCUUGAACACUUUCGCAGUACUUCAGUAUUAAAUUUUGACCAGUUUAAGUAUUAUUUACAAAAAGAAGUUUUCUCUUCUCUACCGAAAACAUUACAGCACCACGAAUUGAGGUUAUUCGAAAGUAAAAUCGCAGAAGUAUGUUGGCUGAUCUGCAGAACGAGGUAUUUACCAAGAGACAACAGAAUCUUUUCCGAUGAUUCGAUGUUCCAAAUUUUUCGAAUUUUUUGCGUCUUGGCAGAAUUAGUAGUCGAUCAGUUCAACGAAAAUGUUUAUCAAGUUUUGCUACAUCCUUCCGAAGUUUGUAAUAUUGCCCAAAGUAUUGCAUCGUCGUUGGGUUGCUACUUUGACGAAGAGGAUUUUGCCAGUCUCAGUAUUUCGAUGGGAAACUUUCGAUUUGCACCGUUUAUUGCAGUUCUAGAAUCCAGAUGUCUGAAUGAAAUAAAUGAUAAUGUUGCUUUAGCCGAAUCAGUAAACAACAUUUACCAGAAAAUUGUAGAAGAUGUAAUCAAGAAAGGUUUUUUAACUAAAAAGGGAUAUAUAUUUCCAACUAUGAGAGAGUACUGGUUCGUUUUGCGACCCUCAGAACUGACGUAUUACACGGGAAGGAAUGAAAAAGACAGAAGAGGAUCGUUGACUUUAGAACCUCGUUGUAAAGUGGAACCAAAGGCUGGGUAUAAAAUCUUGCUACACAGUUCCGAGAGAACUUACGAACUGGGCACGACGGAUCACAUGAGUAGAUUACAGUGGAUAUCGGCAUUACAAUUGGCUUCGGAACAUUCAGGAAAGUAUCAAAGCUUCCAACGCCUUCAAGCAACAAAGAGGAGACUACAAAGACAAGGAAGGGUGCAAGAAAUGAUAAGAGCCAAGUAUCAAUUGCAACAGGAGAGAAACGCUAGAGAAGCGGCGGAGGGCCAUGCAAAAGAACUCGAAGUCGUUAUGAAGGAAGAAGCUAAAAAAUUAACCGAAUUAGAACAAUUAAGAUCCAAGCUUGAGAAAUUGUUAGAAGAAGAGACUCAAGCUAAGCGGGACGAAGAAAUAGUAAGAGGAUUACAAGCGCGAGUGUUGGCAGAAGAAUGGGAAAAGCGCGAAGAACUCGAAAGAUUGCAAGCAGAACAAAAAUUAUUGCUAGAAGAAGAACGGCAGAAAAGAAAGGAGUAUGAAGAUCUUCAGAAGGAAAAGGAAUAUCAACUGAAGAGUGCAGAACAACGCUUGGCACAACUCGAGAAGGAACGUUUGCAUUUAGACAACCAAUUAAGAAUUGCUAAUGAGAAAAUGAAAGUUGCGGAAGACCGAAAGGAAAUACUGGAGUCAAAGCUAUUCCAGGUAACUCCGGUCGUAAGAGAAGGGGAUCGGAUCAGAAGAGUACAAUCUUUUAUGCCGAGCACUAAGGAGAAACCUGUAAUAUUCGAAGUCAGAGCUGCAACUUUAAAAAGACCGUUUCAUUCGUAAUUACAUGUAGUAUAUAUUUAUUUUAUUUAUAUUUUUAAUCGAUAUUUUUUUACUAAUAAAAUUUUAAAGU